CGGCGGGUGCGGGCCGGGCCGUGCGCGCCCAGGUGCGGACGCCGCGCGCGGGGCGCCUCCGCGGGGGACCCAAGGGCGCCGGGGCGCUCGGGCCAGGGCUCCCCCGGGCUGCGCCUCUGCACGCCCCCCUCCCCGGAGGAGGAGGAGGAGCCGCGGGGAACAACAAAUCAUUAUAACUUCAAAGCAUCUUAGAAACUUUGAACUGUGCUAAAACUUAGGAGAUGGACAAUUUUUUCUUGCCUUUCAUUUGAAAGGAUUUAACGAAGAGAAUAAAAUGGCAGAGGUUUAAAGUUAAUAUUCAGGAUGAAUGAUGAUAAUUCAGAUGAGAAGACAGAAGAUGAACUGCAUUCCUUAUUUAUGAGUGACAAAAACGGAAACACAUAUGCAUUCAACCCAAAAUCCCCACAUACACAAAACUCUUCAGCCAGUAAUGUGAAUUGGAAUUCUGCCAAGCCUGAUGACAUGGUGGUUGAUUAUGAAACCAACUCUGCUGUGGACAUUGACAAAAAUGUUGCUUUAACCCCUCCGUGUUUGGAAGUACUUGAUUGCCAGAAGUCUUCAAGUGAGUUGAUUGGUAGGGAGGUGUUAGAUCUCCAUAAAGAUUCCGCACUUCAGUCUUGCGCACAUGUUGUAAGCACAGAGGAGCCCAAGUACCUGUCUAACAGUUGUCAUUCCCUAGAAUCCUUUCAGGACCAGAGUGCUGAGACAGCUCUGCCUUUCGUGUGGAAACCCAACAACGAGGAUUUGUACUACACAGACUAUCCUGCUGCCUUGGAGCUAAACCAAACAUUUGACAUGACAGUGGAUAAUGUUAACUGCACCUUUAUAACACGUCGUGCCAUUGGAAAGGAUCAGUCUUUGCAUACCCCUGGAAAUCUGCAGCCAACCAGCACAAGGAGUGGAAAUCCAUCUUUAUCCUGUUCCAUUCAUACAUCUUCCCAUUCUGCUGAGGUACAUGUGAGAGAAAUGAAUUAUGAUCAAGACCGCUUUGAAAACACACAAGCCCCAGCAGCACAGGCCCAAGACACAACUUACACAGUGUUUUCUGAUGUGAUGCAAACUGAUAGUGGUGUUCCAGAUACUGGCAAUCAGUGUCAGUAUUCGUCAGGACAGGUCACCAGUGACUACACAGAUGGGUCACAGCGAAGAGUGGUUGGAGAAAAAGAGAUACAAGCUCAAACACCAGUUUCUGAGGGCAUGGAUGUUCCCAAUGGGUCUGUAUUACAAGAGUUCUUUUGUUUAUCUAAAGAUGAACCAAAUAGUGAGACACAUUCACAGAGCUCAUAUGGGCAAAAGGAAAUGGGCCAAAAUCUAAGAGAAACAGUGUCUAAUUCUCUUAGGGAUGAUGAAUGCCCUUUACUGGUGCCAGCUUUUGAUAAAAAUGAAGCCCAACUACUGAACCCAGAACACAAAGUCACUGUGGCUGAAGACACACAAAAUGCCUCUAAUGAAAAGGAUUUGGAAACCCAAAAUCGUACCACAGAACUGAUCUUGAGUAGCCCACCAGGACAAAAGAUGGCUUCAUCAGUUGAAUUGAGUUGGGAUGCAAAUGAUAUGGUCAUUAGCACAAAUCACACAAAUCGCAUGUCAACGCCAAUCCUAGAUUCCCCAAAUGCAACCUUUUCUAUUUCACCUAUUGAAGCGACCAAGAAAUAUAGUAAAGUGGAGAAGAGUCAUCGAGAGCUUAGAAAUUUACCAAACUUGAAGGGGGCACCGAUGACCACGUCUAAGCCUAAUUUAGGAAAAUUGACAUCUAAAAUAAAUACCCCUAUAGGGAGCAAAGUUAGAAAAACCGAAAUUAUAAGUUACCCAAGACCAAACUUCAAGAAUGUCAAAGCAAAAGUUGUGUCUAGACCAGUGCUGCAGUCCAAAGACCCUGCUUUAUCAAAGGUUAACCCCAGUCCUCAGUUAACCAAUGCCUCACCACCCUCAUCUCUCUCUUCAAGACAGUUGACAACUUUGAGCAAAACCCCAAGGUCUGACUUGAAUGUAGAUACAAAAGCAGAAAUCCUAAUUAACAAGACGCAUAAGCAGCAAUUUAAUAAACUCAUUACUAGCCAGGCUGUACAUGUUACAACUCAUUCUAAAAAUGCUUCACACAAGGUUCCAAGAACAACAUCUGCCAUGAAAUCGAAUCAGGAAGAUGUUGACAAAGCAAGUUCUAAUUCAGCAUGUGAGACUGGGUCCGUGGCUCCCUUUUUCCAGAAGAUUAAAGACAUACUCCCUGUUAAAAUGGAAAGCACAGAAUGUUUGGAAAUAACAUAUGCCUCCAGCAUUGAUAGGAUUAGCCCUGAAAAGAAGGGUGAAAAAGAAAAUGGGACACCUAUGGAAAAACAAGAGCUAAAAAAGGAAAUUAUGAAUGAGACCUUUGAAUAUGGUUCUAUGUUUUUGGGUUCUGCUUCAAAAACUGCAGCCACAUCAGGUAGGAACAUAUCCAAGCCUGACUCCUCCAAUUUAAGGAAAACAUCUGGUUCAAAAGCCAAAGCGGGGCCUUCUGUUUCCUGUUUGAGGCGGAAUAGUGACAGUAGAAAUCUCAAUUCUGAUCGGGCCUUAUCUCCACAGAGGAUCAGGCGUGUGUCCAGUUCUGCUGGUAAUGCCACUGUCAUCAAGUACGAAGAAAAACCUCCCAAACCAGCAUUUCAGAAUGGUUCCUCGGGAUCCUUAUAUUUAAAGCCUUUGGUAUCCAGAGCUCAUGCACACUUACUAAAAACUCCUCCGAAAGGUCCCUCAAGAAAAAACCUAUUUACAGCUUUGAAUGUGGUUGAAAAGGGCAGGCAAAAGAAUCCCAGAAGUUUGUGUAUCCAGACACAGACAUCUCCAGAUGUGCUAUCCUCUGAAAAAACACUUGAGUUGGCCCAGUAUAAAACAAAAUGUGAAAACCAAAGUGGAUUUAUCCUGCAUCUCAAGCAGCUUCUUUCCUGUGGCAAUAUCAAGUUUGAAGCAUUAACAGUUGUGAUUCAGCACCUACUCUCCGAGCGGGAGGAAGCACUGAAACAACACAAAACCCUAUCUCAAGAACUUGUUAACCUUCGAGGAGAGCUAGUCACUGCUUCAUCUACCUGUGAGAAAUUAGAAAAAGCCAAGAAUGAGUUGCAAAUAGCUUAUGAAGGAUUUGUCCAGAAGCUGAACCAGCAGCACCAGACCGAUCUCUCAGAGCUAGAGAAUCGGCUUAAAGAAUUUUACACCGGGGAAUGUGAAAAGUUCCAGAAUAUUUAUAUUGAAGAAGCAGAGAAGUAUAAAACUCAAUUGCAAGAGCAGUUCGACAACUUAAAUGCUGCCCAUGAAACUUCUAAGUUGGAGAUUGAAGCUAGCCACUCAGAGAAGAUUGAAUUACUAAAGAAGGCCUAUGAAACCUCCCUUUCAGAAAUCAAGAAAAGCCAUGAAAUGGAAAAGAAAUCACUUGAGGAUAUGCUUCACGAAAAGCAGGAAUCGCUGGAGAAACAAAUCAAUGAUCUGAAGAGUGAAAAUGAUGCUUUAAAUGAAAAGUUGAAAUCAGAAGAACAAAAAAGACUAUCAAGAGAGAAAGCAAAUUUAAAGAACCCUCAGCUCAUGUAUCUGGAGCAAGAGUUAGAAAGCCUGAAAGCCGUGCUGGAGAUCAAGAAUGAGAAACUACAUCAACAGGACAUCAAGUUAAUGAAAAUGGAGAAACUGGUGGACAACAACACCGUGCUGGUUGACAAACUGAAGCGAUUCCAGCAGGAGAAUGAGGAAUUAAAAGCUCGGAUGGACAAGCACAUGGCAAUUUCAAGGCAACUGUCCACCGAGCAGGCCGUUCUGCAGGAGUCUCUGGAGAAGGAGUCCAAAGUCAACAAGAGACUGUCCAUGGAGAAUGAGGAGCUGCUGUGGAAGCUGCAUAAUGGGGAUCUGUGCAGCCCCAAGCGGUCCCCCACGUCCGCCGCUGUCCCCUUCCAGUCCCCAAGGAACUCCGGCUCCUUCCCCAGCCCCAGCAUCUCACCCAGAUGACGCUUUCUGGAAACCAGGAGACUGUCCGAAAGCAUCUGUACAGGUCUGCGGGACUGACCCUCACCAUGCUCACGGGAGCAAGAGCUACAGUGGUGGACGUGUGAUGCCCACGCUGGAACUGGAGGGUCGCCACCCCCGAGGCUCCAUAGGAGACUGGAAUGCUGCAGGAAGACUUGCACCCAGCCCAAGAGCCUCCUCCCCAAAGAUCUCCGAACGGAUCUACAUGGACACCGUUGCACAAAGCACUUAAAGAAUGAGAGGGUCUUGUUCAUUGCCUUUUUCACCUAAGCAUAAGGGGAAAAAACUCUCAGGGGCCUGUUAAGAUUUAUAACCUUUAUAAUGUUCGUCACCACAGACA